AUGAGAGAGCUCGUCAACAUUCCACUGUUACAGAUUCUCACCCUGGUUGCCUUCAGCAGGACUGAGAAACUUCCAAAAGCUCCCGUCAUCACCACACCUCUUGAAACUGUAGAUGCCUUGGUGGAAGAAGUAGCAACUUUCAUGUGUGCCGUGGAAUCCUACCCUCAGCCCGAGAUUUCUUGGACCAGAAAUAAAAUCCUUAUUAAGCUGUUUGACACCCGCUAUAGCAUCCGGGAGAACGGUCAGCUCCUCACCAUCCUGAGUGUGGAAGACAGUGAUGAUGGUAUCUAUUGCUGCAUAGCCAACAAUGGAGUGGGAGGAGCCGUGGAGAGUUGUGGAGCUCUACAAGUGAAGAUGAAACCUAAAAUAACUCGCCCUCCCAUUAAUGUAAAAAUAAUAGAGGGACUGAAAGCAGUUCUACCAUGCACAACAAUGGGCAACCCCAAGCCAUCCGUCUCCUGGAUCAAGGGGGACAGUGCUCUCAGGGAAAAUUCCCGCAUUGCAGUUCUGGAAUCGGGGAGUUUAAGGAUCCAUAAUGUGCAAAAGGAAGAUGCAGGACAGUACCGAUGUGUGGCAAAGAACAGCCUGGGCACAGCUUAUUCCAAACUGGUGAAGUUGGAAGUUGAGGAAGACAGUGAACCUGAGCAGGACACUAAAGUUUUCAGUCAAAUCCUGCGUGCUCCUGAGUCCCACAAUGUCACCUUUGGUUCCUUUGUAACCCUACGCUGCACAGCAAUAGGCAUCCCUGUCCCCACCAUCAGCUGGAUUGAAAACGGAAAUGCUGGUGAGUGCCUUGUUUCCUCAGGGUCCAUUCAAGAGAGUGUGAAAGACCGGGUGAUUGACUCAAGACUCCAGCUCUUUAUCACCAAGCCGGGACUCUACACGUGCAUCGCCACCAAUAAACAUGGGGAGAAAUUCAGUACGGCCAAGGCUGCAGCCACUGUCAGCAUAGUAGAACCACCCCAUCCACUUUUCUCUUGUGAUAAUAAUUUCAUGUGGACUUCUUUCAGUAAAUCCCAGAGAGACAGCAAAGGCUACUGCGCCCAGUACAGAGGAGAGGUGUGUGAUACAGUUCUGGCCAAAGAUGCGCUUGUCUUUUUCAACACCUCCUACUCGGACCCUGAGGAGGCCCAAGAGCUGCUGAUCCACACUGCGUGGAGUGAACUGAAGGCUGUGAGCCCACUCUGCCGGCCAGCUGCCGAGGCUCUGCUGUGCCAGCACCUCUUCCAGGAGUGCGGCCCUGGAGCAGUACCUACUCCCAUGCCCGUUUGCAGAGAGUACUGCUUGGCAGUAAAGGAGCUUUUCUGUGCAAAAGAAUGGCUGGCAAUGGAAGGAAAGACCCACCGAGGACUCUACAGCUCAGGGAUGCACCUCCUCCCGGUGCCAGACUGCAGCAAGCUUCCCAGCAUGCACCGAGACCCCAUGGCCUGCACAAGACUGCCAUAUUUAGAUUAUAAAAAAGAAAACAUAACAACAUUCCCACCAAUAACGUCCUCCAAGCCAAGUGUGGACAUUCCAAACCUGCCUUCCUCCACCUCGUCCUUCGCCGUCUCUCCUGCAUACUCCAUGACGGUCAUCAUCUCCAUCAUGUCCAGCUUUGCCCUGUUUGCUCUUCUUACCAUCGCGACUCUUUACUGCUGCCGAAGAAGGAAAGAGUGGAAAAAGAAGAAAAGAGAGUCAGCAGCGGUGACCCUCACCACACUGCCUUCCGAGCUCCUACUGGACAGACUCCAUCCCAACCCCAUGUACCAGAGGAUGCCGCUCCUCCUGAAUCCCAAGUUGCUCAGCCUGGAGUAUCCCAGGAAUAACAUUGAGUAUGUCAGAGACAUCGGAGAGGGAGCGUUUGGAAGGGUCUUUCAAGCAAGGGCUCCUGGCUUACUGCCUUAUGAACCUUUCACUAUGGUGGCCGUGAAGAUGCUUAAGGAGGAGGCCUCGGCGGACAUGCAAGCUGACUUUCAGAGGGAGGCAGCCCUCAUGGCAGAGUUUGACAACCCCAACAUCGUGAAGCUCUUAGGCGUAUGUGCGGUAGGAAAGCCUAUGUGUCUGCUCUUUGAGUACAUGGCCUAUGGUGACCUCAAUGAGUUCCUCCGAAGCAUGUCCCCUCACACCAUGUGCAGCCUCAGCCACAGUGACCUGUCCACGAAGGCUCGGAUGUCCAGCCCCGGUCCUCCACCCCUGUCCUGUGCGGAACAGCUCUGCAUUGCCAGGCAAGUGGCAGCCGGCAUGGCCUACCUGUCCGAGCGCAAGUUUGUCCACCGGGACUUAGCCACUAGGAACUGCCUGGUGGGGGAGAACAUGGUGGUGAAAAUUGCAGACUUUGGCCUCUCCAGGAACAUCUACUCCGCAGAUUACUACAAAGCUAAUGAAAACGAUGCCAUCCCUAUCCGUUGGAUGCCACCCGAGUCCAUCUUCUACAACCGCUACACCACGGAGUCGGACGUGUGGGCCUAUGGUGUGGUCCUCUGGGAGAUCUUCUCCUAUGGCCUGCAGCCCUACUAUGGCAUGGCCCAUGAAGAGGUCAUUUACUAUGUGAGAGAUGGCAACAUCCUCUCCUGCCCUGAGAACUGCCCCUUGGAACUGUACAACCUCAUGCGCCUGUGUUGGAGCAAGCUGCCGUCGGACAGACCCAGCUUCUGCAGUAUCCACCGGAUCCUGCAGCGCAUGUGCGAGAGAGCAGAGGGAACGGUGGGGGUCUAGAGCUGACUGUGCUCAAACAACACCCAGUAGGCUCUUUUCAGACUGUGAGCUGAAGGAUUUCAGACUGUGAGCUGGAGGAAUCCUACGGCAGAGGUCGGACAGGACCGGAUAGGAAAGAGUUUAAUGUAGACAUCACGAACCAGUUUGCCACAAGAAACAGAUCGUGAAAAACCCGCAGGGUAGAAGAGUCUCGUUGAAAUAGGAAAUUGGAGACACAAGCUAGGAAAAGUAAGAAGAUUGCAGGUCGCUCUUCUCUCUUGCAGGGCAGGUCCUAAUACAUACUGUAUAAUGAGAUUACCUCUGGUUCCGUUGCUCCAUCACCCCUCAGAGUGAGACUGCUGUGCUCGG